AAGAAGACUGAAACGAGCAUGGCCGGGAACAUGAGUAACACUGCGGUUCCGAUAAGUAGUUCUCUGUCUAAACUACAGUCUUUAAAUGGGUUGUUUGCGAUAUACAAAAAAGAGGGGCCCACAUCUGCAGACGUGUUAAAUGCGCUCAAAGAAGCUUUACUCAAGGAAGCUGGCGUACAAAACCCAAAUCCGCGAAAGAGAAAGAAGCAGAGCCUGAAGAUGGGGCACGGAGGGACUCUGGACAGUGGUGCCAGCGGGGUGUUAGUUGUUGGUGUUGGGAAUGGCACGAAAAUGCUCAGUACCAUGUUAGCUGGGUCAAAGAAAUAUGUUGCUGUGGGCGAACUGGGAAAAGCCACUGACACUCUCGACGCCACUGGCAGUGUGAUCCUGGAGAAGGACUUUGGACACAUAACCAGGAUAGACUUUGAGGAGAAGCUGAAAUCCUUUACUGGUGACAUCAUGCAAGUCCCUCCACUCUACUCUGCCCUGAAAAAAGACGGCCAGCGUCUGUCUGUGCUGCUGAAGAAAGGUCACAAGGUUGAGGCCAAGCCUGCCAGACCAGUCACUGUGUACAACCUGACCCUGCAGGAGUUCAAGCCUCCUCUCUUCACUCUGGAUAUUGAGUGUGGAGGUGGGUUUUAUGUCAGGAGUUUGGUGGAUGACCUGGGAAAAGCUCUGUCAUCAUGUGCUCACGUGAAGGAGCUGAUCCGGACCAAGCAGGGUCAGUUCACCCUAGAGGAGCACGCCUUACAGGAGGGGCAGUGGACGCUGGAGCAUAUCCUGUGCGCUCUGCAGCCCUGCAAGGAGUCGGAUCAGGGUGUGGACUGUUCAAAUUUGUCAGAAGCUGACACCUGAGGGGGGGGGGCGGGUGGGGGGGGGGGGGAGACACACACACUCUGACCAGGACCCGGUCUAUCUGCCUGUCUGUCUGUCUGACAGUCGGUCACAACUUACCUGCUUGUCUUUUUGAAGGAGAGGACAUCAGGUCUCAGCGUGUCUGGAUAUUUCAAGGUGUGUUUGUCAGCAAGUGAAGCGGAACACAUCGGAACUGACUGGCUCAGUGUCAUUAUUUGAUUUCCAGUCCACGUUUCUGUGGUUUCUAUUUCGUCUCUGUCUCACCUGCAGUUUUAGUUCAGUUAAAUUUUGUAAAUAAUUCUGGAUUUGAAAUUUGCCUCCCCACUCCAACCUCAGCCUCUGUCUUUACCCACUCAGCUCUCUUCUUACAGAGCUGGGUAACAGAAACCAAAUAAAGCGUGUAUACUUAUCACAAUAAAAAUAAAAUAAAAAAACUUUCCCUCUAUAUGAAAGUGAGAAAGGUUGGGCUGAGUGUGAGACAGAGAGUGCGGGUUAAACAAAAAUUGGAGAAAAACAUUUCACACCACAGGAUUUUGCGCUGAAAGGAUUUAAAAUAGAACUUUAUUUUGGUAGAAUUUCAGUAUUAGAAUAGAUUUCCUGUAAACUUUAAGAUCAGCAGAAAUACGGACUACAGUGAUAUUAUGACAUAAUGCUGGUUGGUCUAAACAAUGCUCCCACAAAAAAAAAAAAAAGUUAACUCAGCAUGAAGCUGCUCCACAUCUGGAAGGGCUGCUGCAUCAGCACUAUUGUAUAUACGUCAUGCCUGAUUUCAUUUGUUCUGUAUUUGCAGAUUAAAUAAACGUUCAAGUGA